ACUGAAAGGAUUUGGUGGAGAGCAGAACAGAAAGGCUUGGCCGCAUAGAGGGAGGCGCCUUUAGUGCUCUCCUGAAACCAAAGCCUUUGAAGAUUUUUUUUUAAACUUCAAGCAAAGAGGACAUAACCUGAAAAGUUGGACGCAUGAGAAUUAUGUACCUUUAAAGGACAUCGUUGUGUGAAUUUUCACCGCCAAGCCAUGCUCCACAGCCGACCAGGGGCUUGCUGGGGAAAAGGGUCUGACCUCACUGGCGCGCACGCAGAUUGGACUAAAACGCAUUGGAUAGCAGGUGGGCCAAGAUGGAGGACGAGGAGGAGAGACAGACCAGGGGUGACCACCAGACCAUCAGCAGGUGCACCUUACCACCUGAGGAAUGUGAAGGUGCUGCUGUGGAUGGUUGUUUCUCUGCUGCCCCUGGUGGAGGGGGCCUGUAUGGGCACUGGUUUGGAGGCAGACUCUGUCCAGGCUGUGGGACUGGUGGGAGGGAUGGGGGAAAGGCAGCUCCCAGACACUCUACCUGAGGUGGAUGAGGAACAAGAGGAGAAGAGUGACCCGUACUCCCCCUGGCAUGGCCUCUAUGACCUCUCUGUGAUGGACGAAGUGGACGACCAACCUAGUGGCCGGUGGGGGAGACGUUCCCCUCGCAACUCCGACGCCGAACCAAAAGGCUCGGCCAAGAAAAAGAAGAGGAGGAAGAAGAAAGAGAGGGAUAUAAAGGGCAAAGGGAAGGGCCGGCAGCCCCAGCAGAGCAGCCCAGACUGCAGGGUGGAGAAACGAGAGAUGCGGGUGCGGGACUUGGGCCUGGGCUUCGACUCGGACGAGAUCGUCCUAUUCAAGUUUUGCGUGGGCUCCUGCCAGUCGUCCAGGACCAACUACGACCUGGCUCUAAGGGCCCUGAUGGAGGACGGGUCCCUGCCGCGGAGGACCUCCCGGCGAGUCAGCGCCCACCCCUGCUGCCGGCCUGACAGCUACGAGCCAGUGUCCUUCAUGGACGUCCACACCGCGUGGCAGACCAUCCAGUCGCUGUCGGCGGCCAGCUGCAUGUGUAUGGGCUGAGGGAGCCAGCCUGGAGGAGGGAGAAUAGGAGGGGGUGGCGACUGGCUGUCACUCACCCCUGCCUGAGAAUAUACAGAUGGUGGCUCGGCGUUGAGGCUGGGUCUAGGGAGAGCCUCUGUGUUCUGGAAGGGCAGAAGUUGUCGCUCCGAAACAUAUGUAGCGGGGCUGGUCCCCAGUACAAAGCAGAAUGGAGAUUCUGUAGUGUCUAUGAUGGUGGAGCGAGGCCACGCCUCUUCCCGUUGUCAAUUUCCUGUUGAGGAUAAGUGGAUUUGUUGGCAAUGGGAAACUGUCAUGAGUGAAUGGCAAGACGGUGACCACACAAUGGUGGGAUUUGAAUAUUCACAGCAGUUGGGAUAUGUAUAAGACUAACCUGGGGUACUGCUGAAAAUAUUGACUCAAAGGUCUCAAAGAGGACCACAUCUCAUUGCAUUUGACCACAGGUCGACAAGCUCAAAACCCUUUUGACAAUGUCAACAUACAGUAUGUUAAUUCCUUC